CUCGGUGCGCUUCCUGGUUCUGUCUGCUUUGCCUCCGGCGUCAGACCUGAGUUCCCAGCGCUGUAAGCUGUAGGCAGCGUGAAUCUCCGCCGAAGCUGCAACUAUGGGGAUCUUGGAGAAAAUCUCGGAGAUCGAGAAGGAGAUCGCUCGGACGCAGAAGAACAAGGCCACUGAGUAUCACCUGGGCCUCCUGAAAGCAAAACUGGCCAAGUAUCGGGCCCAGCUCCUGGAACCAUCCAAAUCUGCCUCAUCUAAAGGAGAGGGCUUUGAUGUCAUGAAGUCAGGUGAUGCCCGAGUGGCACUGAUUGGCUUUCCCUCUGUGGGUAAGUCCACCUUCUUGAGUCUGAUGACCUCUACAGCCAGCGAAGCUGCAUCCUAUGAGUUCACCACCCUGACGUGCAUCCCAGGGGUCAUUGAAUACAAAGGUGCCAACAUCCAGCUCUUGGACCUUCCUGGAAUCAUUGAAGGAGCCGCGCAAGGGCGAGGCCGUGGCCGGCAGGUGAUUGCUGUAGCACGUACAGCUGAUGUCGUCGUCAUGAUGCUAGAUGCCACCAAGGGAGAUGUACAGAGGUCCCUGCUGGAGAAGGAACUGGAGUCUGUGGGCAUUCGCCUCAACAAGCACAAGCCCAACAUCUACUUCAAGCCCAAGAAAGGUGGUGGCAUCUCCUUUAACUCCACAGUCACAUUGACACAGUGCUCAGAGAAGUUGGUACAGCUCAUCCUGCAUGAGUACAAGAUCUUCAAUGCCGAAGUACUCUUCCGAGAAGACUGCUCUCCUGAUGAAUUCAUUGAUGUGAUUGUGGGCAACCGGGUGUAUAUGCCCUGCCUGUAUGUGUAUAACAAAAUUGACCAGAUCUCCAUGGAAGAAGUAGACCGUCUAGCCCGAAAGCCCAACAGUGUAGUUAUCAGCUGCGGCAUGAAGCUGAACCUGGACUACCUGCUGGAAAUGCUUUGGGAGUACCUGGCCCUCACCUGCAUUUACACCAAGAAGAGAGGACAGAGACCAGAUUUUACAGAUGCCAUCAUUCUCCGGAAAGGGGCCUCUGUUGAACACGUGUGCCAUCGCAUCCACCGGUCCCUGGCCAGCCAGUUCAAGUAUGCCUUGGUGUGGGGUACCAGCACCAAGUACAGCCCACAGCGGGUAGGCCUGACUCACACCAUGGAGCAUGAGGAUGUCAUCCAGAUUGUGAAGAAAUAGUCACACCACCAGCCUGCUUGCUUGGCUCCUAGGGACCUGGACCCCCGGGGACACACAAACCGGAAAAGUAUAUACUCCAGGAAUGGACUCUUGAGUCAGCUGUUUCAUAAGCUUCCUCAGUAAGCAGUGUUGGGACAGGCAAGGCUGUGGACCAGGGCUUUGCUGAGGACAUAUCCUAUAAGCCUAUUGUGAUAAGCUUCCUAGGGAGCCUACAGCCUGUGUCCGUGUCCUGUGCCCAUGUGAGCUCUUGAGGAGCUAGUUACCCACAUCCUCCCAGCCAGACCUCAAGCUGAGCCAGGCUCCGGGUAGGCCUGCCUGGGUCCCUGAGGCUGAGAGUCCUGACAGCAGCUCUAGCACUUAGCAGCCUCAGGAUGAAACCUCCCACAGGUCCUCCCAACACAGGCUGUGCCUCGUGGAAGCCAGGGCCCAGCCAAAGUGUCGUAAAGUGCCUCCCGCUUAGAGCCCCUCCCAGAGUAGCCCUGCCUGCCUAGAUGGGGCCUGUGAGUCUGGCUCUGUUUCCUUCUGAGCCCCCUAUCUCUGCCCUCCUUUCUGAAAUAAAAGAAUGGGAAGUGA